CUAGAUUCAUCACUGCAUAUAUGCAAUACCUCCUUUUUGUUGUCAACUGAGGCAUAAAUGUGCUUGUAGACGAGAUCUAAAGCAACUCUUUCAUGAACUGAGUUUGAUAAAGAUAAGCCGGACUUUUAAUUACAGCCAACGGUUCCUCUUUUCCUCUUCCUCUUUUCCAUAAACAAAUAUGGGUGUAGGAUCUUCUAAACACAAGAUUACUUCACAAGAUAAAGCGAUAUUAGACCUCAAGGUUCAACGAGACAAGUUAAAAAAAUACCAAAAGAAUCUUAAUGUAGUCAUUGAAAAAGAAAUAGCAGCAGCCAAAUUGGCUCUAAGUCAAGGCAACAAAAAGAAGGCACUUUUAGCACUAAAAAAGAAGAAAUAUCAAGAACAACUAUUAGAAAAGACAGAUCAGCAACUUUUAAAUCUAGAAGAACUUGUAAUCAUCUCAAGAAAACAAAAAACCAGAUAGACUAACAAUAUAUUAG